GUUCCAGGCUGCGCAUUAAAAAACAUCUGAGCGCCGCGUCUCGCGCUUUUACACGCUGAGACGCGUACUGUCAGAUUGAUAUAUUCUGUUUCUUAUGUCCAGCAGGGAUGUGAUAAUAAUAUUUUAUAAGAAAUAAACUCCGUGUGAUCUUUGGACAGAAAUCUUAGAUUGAUGUCAGGUUAAAGGUGCAUAAGAUUGUAUCAAAACAACACCACAAGUGUUCCUGGAUUGCCAUGUGAGCGUCGCCACGCCCCUUAUUACAACUUCCUUGUUUUCUUUCCUCUUGAGUUGCGGAGCUUCAAGUUUUCUUGUGUGAUACAGAAUGAUCAUUUUAGGGAGAGAGGAACUCAAAGACGCUGAGAGCGUUUUAAAACAGCUUUUCCCAGAAUCCAUCAAGGUGUACGGUUGCAUAUUCAACAUAAACAGAGGAACACCUCACAAUCUGGAGAUCGUUGCAGACAAAUGGCCAGAUUUCAGCGUCAUUAUUUGCACACCAAAGGUUAAGGGCGUAAAAGACAGAGAGGGAGAUUUUAACAUGUACAGCAUCUAUUCAAACGACAAAGACGCAUUGAAACACCUGCUGAAAACACCUGGUGUGAUCGACACGGAUGCAUUCACGCUGUUAGCAGGGGUGGACAUCAGACAUUUAGCAGCGGUUCAGGAGUUUGCGGAUGAACAUGGAAUUCCCUGGAAAGUACAAUGUGUGAUGAAUGUGUUAAUGCUGCAGGACACCAGCCACCUGUGCUUGAAAGAGAGUUAUGCAAGACUGAGGUUUCCAGCGGUCAGUACAGCUCAUGCUCACCUGGUGAACAGCACAUGGAAAUACGGAGGAGACGCCAACAGCUACAACUCUGUGCUGAACUACAUUACCCACAAUCCCUCUGUGUGCAUCGUUGAGGAGGACAGAUCUGAGCCAGUCUCGUGGCUGCUUCUGUAUCAGCAUUGUGCUCUUGGGUUACUCUAUACUCUACCACAACACAGACGUAAAGGUUACGCCAAAUUACUGGUGUCAAUCAUGUCCCAAAACCUCCUGGAGCGGGGAUACCCUGUGUACUGUUUCGUAGAGGAGGAGAACGAGCCUUCGCACAAACUUUUCUCAUCACUGGGGUUUAAACAUUCAUCAGACUACAGGUCGGUGUGGUUUGAGCUUAAUAAACGAGAGGAAACAUGAUUAGUUAUUAGUUAUUCAUAUUAAAAUAUCAUAUUUGUUGUCAUUAUUGUUAACUAAAAAUAAUAAAACAGAUAUUUCAAUAUUCUUUUAAAGACUUGAAAAUAAGUCAUUGUGCCUCUUAAUAAUAAAGAAAAACUAAACUAAAACCGAAUUUAAAAUAAAUUGAAUCCAUAUAGGAUUUUUUUUUAUAAUGAAUUGACAAAUAACAUACAAAAUUGAUAUUAAUUAACAUGUAAACUUAAAAUAAUAAAUAUCACUUUGCCUAAAAUAUAAAUAUAACAUUUAUACUGUUCUUAAUGAACGUUUUAUUAAUUUUAAUUAUUUUCUUUAUCAUUUAUUCACACUGUACAAUUAAUAAAUGAAAGCAAAUUAAAGGUGAACAAAUAUAGUUUCAUUUGUAAUGCCUGCUUAAUGCAAACCUUGCACUGUAAAUAAAUACUUCAUACUUUAUGUCAUAGAGCUUACAGUAUGCAAAAAUAACCAGUUUAAGAUGUAGUAUGUCACACUGUCAUCACAUCAAUGUGUUAAUGGAGGCAAAGUCAAGUGCAUUGCAUUGUGGGAUACAGAGUUUUUGGUUGUAGAAUGCACAUUUUGUUUCGGAGAUGAUGUCAACCUUCAUUAAUAACUCAAAACAAGUAUGUAUAAAUCAUGGUUUUAUUACCUUUAGUAUGUCCUACAUUAGAGUACUAUAAAACAGUACAAAGUUAUAUAAUGUAGAAAUCACUUGUAAUGUUCUAAAAAAAUAAACAAUGUACAAACCUG